UCUGCGGGCGAACCGUCGCCUCAGCUCCUGCCGCCGUCGCUCCCGGGGCCGCCUGCGGGAGGGAGCGGCCUGGAGACGUCGGACUCGGACUCCGACUCAGAUUCGGACUCGGACAGGUCGUGCCCCCGGCGAUCGGGCGCGCGGGGGAGGCUCUGGUAGCGGGAGGCCUGGGCCGAGGAGGCAGGAGGGCCCGGGAGCCGGGGCGCGUCCCUUGCCGCGUCUGCAGUGUCCCCGGGAGGGAGCGAGGCCUUCGGGGCCCCUCCUCUAACGCUGAGGGUCCGAGAGCCCUCUAUGGACAGUUUGUCGUUUUCAGUUAGAACGUAGAAAACCUGAGACUAGGGGCUUAUCCCGUGACCACUCGACGUGGUAUGGCCUUGGGGGUUAUAAUUUAGUUUGUGGCAAAUCUUUUUCUCAAGUUUAGUGUGUGCUCUUACUGGUUGAACCAGAUAAAUGGGGCAUCAGAUAAAGGAUUUUGUCUCUUUUCAGAUUGACUCCUGACAGUUUUGUUAGUUCGUAGAAUUUCUCUGGUGAUGAGUUUUUCAUGAAAUUAGAGGAAAGUGAUUCAACUAUUACUACAUGCUUUGCGUAGCUUUUUUCAGGCUUCUCCAGCCCUACCUCCUGUCUUUUAUAUAGGAAAGUUCUGUGGUGGGAGGCGAGUUCACUGAACCACGCUGAACCUUGUCUGCAAGUGUUUGAGUGUGUUUUAUGCCAUGCUGUGUCGGUGAACAAUAUACACACGGUCCUUGCUUCACAUUCUGGUGAGAGGGACGAAAAAUGAAGUUAAAAAAAAAUGAAACAGAUUCGGAUAGUUCAAGUUCCUCCUCUUCCUCAUCAUCAUCCUCAUCGUCUUCCUCUCGUAUGUCCCUUCCUCCAGUUCUGUCAGAUGGAGAAGAUGAGUUACUAGUUGAGAAGGAAAAUAAGAAUUUUCCUCUUAAAACAAAAGAUGAGUUACUUCUUAGUGAACUACCUUCUGUUGAAGAACUCACUAUUGUUCUGCCUGAAGAUAUUGAAUUAAAGCCUCUUGGGAUGGUUUCAAGUAUUAUUGAACAAUUAGUAAUAAUUGAAUCUAUGACUAACGUACCUCCAGUUAAUGAGGAGACUGUAAUUUUUAAAACUGAUCGACAGGCAGCAGGAAAGAUAUUUGAGAUAUUUGGACCUGUUGCACAUCCAUUUUAUGUUUUACGGUUUAAUUCUUCAGAGCAUAUUGAAAAUAAAGGCAUUAAAAUAAAGGACACUAUGUAUUUUGCUCCAUCAAUGAAAGACUUCACCCAGUAUAUAUUCACAGAGAAGCUUAAACAGGAUAGGGGAUCAGAUGCAUCAUGGAAGAAUGAUCAAGAACCACCACCAGAGGCCUUGGAUUUCAGUGAUGAUGAAAAGGAAAAAGAAGCCAAACAGAGGAAAAAAUCUCAGAUUCAAGGUCGGAAAAAAUUCAGAUCUGAAUUUAAUGAACCUGGUGAAGAUUUUGCAGAAGUACAUCACAAUUGGAAUGUUCAUAGCUCUGUUUCAGAGCAUUCCAAAGGAUAUCACAACAGAGAAUUCACAAGAGGAUUUUCCCAGGGUAGAUAUCCUCGAUCUUGCCCUGGCAGGCCCCCCCCUUCACAGUUUUAUAACACAGAACACAUGGUCCCUCAGGACACUUCAGGAUUUGCGCCACAGAUACAGGAUAGCCCCAUGAUGCCACAGUAUCCCUUCCCUCCUCCAGGGUUUGACAUGCAUAACUUCUCCCUCCCUCCUCCUCCACCCCCGCCACCUGCCUCUGCAAACAUGGGCUGGGCUGCCCCUUCUGUGGCCCCUCACCCAAUAAUCCCCCUGCCCUACUCCCUAGCCCCACCUCCGCCCCCCCCACCCCUGCCUCCACCCUCCUCUUCUGGAGAUGGUAAUUCUGCUCAUUUUGGACCUUACUAUUAGGUUGAUGUAUGCAUUCCUGAGAAAUGUGGACUUUUAUAUACAUACAUGCAUAUAUAUGUGAAAGCAUUUUUUAAAAAGAGAUUAUAGAGCUAGAUUUUUAAAGCAUUGUAAAUUAAAAAUUAGUUCCUUCAGUUGUAGGUUGUUAUAUAUUGUAACCUUUAUGAAAAUUUAAUGUUAAACUUGUGGCAGGGAAUCCAAUUAUGUAAUAUUUAAUUAAUACUUUGAACCUUGCCUAAUUAAAUAAUAUGCCUCAAUCUAAUAAUCUGGGGCACCUUUCAUCAUGGAUUAAAAUAUAUUGACCAUACUGAUUAUAUUCUUGGUAUAUCUGAAAAUAAAAUGUUAAGUCCUAUUGAGAGCCUUUAAAAUAAACUAUUUUUAUAAAUAUAUUU